AUAGUCCGGUCUUCGGCCCUGGAAUACGGAGAGAAGAACGGGCUGCACGUCGUUGCACUUUGCCCUGGUCUGGUCUUCGGCCCUCUGUUGCAGCAUGUGGCGGUCAAUACCGGCAGCAAGGUCCUCGUCUACAUGAUAAAAGGAGGCCCUGACACGAUGAACAACAAGUUCUUUUCCAUCGUAGACGUUCGCGAUGUUGCCGACGCAUUGCUCCUAUUGUACAACAAGGCAGGGCCAUCUGAGAGAUACAUAUGCUCACUUGACCAAAUGGACCUAAAGGAUUUGCUGGCAAUCAUGAAGAACAUGUACCCUAGCUACACUUAUGCAGACAAGAUGGUUGAUGUGGACUUUAACGUCGGAGUCACUUCGGACAAGCUGAAGAAUUUAGGGUGGAAACCAAGGAAGAUGGAGGAGACACUCGUGGAUUGUAUCGAGUCCUACGAAAAAGCAGGGCUUCUUGGGGUUACAGACGAUGAACCAUGCCGGCUUCCAUUCAUCUACCGAAUGACGCCUAUCCAGGAAUGAGAAUGAUCCCAUAAU